AAUAUCCAGAAAUUAUAAAAAAUAUUUAGGGAUUUGCUUUUGAUUACUUUCGUUUAUAAUCAGAUUAUUACCAUAACAACAUGAAUGCUGCUUAAAAUAAAAUACUGGUUCUUUAAUGUUAAUAGUGAAUGUGAAGGCUUCCAAUAUUUUUUGUGUUAACUGUUAAGCAGUCAAUAUGGCCGAUUUGUAAAAGUAAUAGACAUCGUGGAUUUGUGUAUUUCUUCAGAAUACAGCUGUAUAAGACUUUAUAAUGGCAAAGAAAAAAGGUGCGAAAAAGUAUGCCAAAAAAGUUACUCCGGCUAAAACACCUUCCAUAACAGAUUCGAUAAAUUCGGAGGUCAUAGCCGCAGCUUUAAGUUCUGUAAAUCAACCUAUUUUAUUAAAGGUUUGCCGACUUUGUGAGACAAAAGAUGGACCAUUUCUCAAUAUUUUUGAUGCUGAUAAGGUAACUGCUAAGAAAAUUGAAACUGUGAUGCCUUUUGGGAUUGCCGAAAAUGAUGACUUACCGCAUAAGAUUUGCUUUCGAUGCUCAGCUAAGGUUGAGGAGUUAUAUGAAUUUAUACAAAAGUGUAUUAAUACACAAAAAAGUUUGCGAAAAGCAGUUGGAGCAAAAGGACCUAUUUUUAACAAACCAAGACAUAGAGAGCUCUGGGAGGAGAAACUUAAUCAAUCAAAUAUAUCUAAUGAUGACAUCUGUGACGCAUUAAUUAAAAAAGCUAUGGAGGGUAUCAAAGAUAUACCUCUAAAUCCGGUGCCUCUUAGUGAAGAUGAUGUACAACUCAUAAAUAAAUUAACUAAAAAAACUUCAUCGAUUGAGGAGGAUAGUAGCUUAAAUGAUUCAAAAAAAGAAAAAGAAACAGAUAUUCUGACAAAAAUGGUUAAAUCAGAAAUAAAAAAAUCUCUCCAAGGACCUAUCACAAAAUCUUUGAGAUCAAAUGCUGAAACUACAGUGGACGAAAUUGAAACGAAAGUUACAAGACUUAGUGGAAAACGUGCAACGAAUGUUGAUAAUACAGUUAAAAAUGUUAAAAGUAAUCCACCUAUUGAGUCUGCAUCUAAUAAAAUGAAUGUGGAUGAUAAGCAUAUACAGCAAACAAAUACAUUUAGUUUAGAGGAUGCAGCAAACUCCCCACCAGAACCAGCAUUUAAUAUAAUGGAUCACGUUAGUAUGAUUAAAGUAAAUGGUGUUGGUGUAUUAUUUCAGUGUAAAAUAUGUAAUAGGAAUUUCCUGAAAAAGGAAGUUGUUAUGUCUCAUGCAUGUGCAAAAAAUGGCCUAGUUAAAACUGCUGGCCUUAAAAGCUUUACUCAGCCUGAGCCACCUAAAAUUCCAUCAGUUAAAUACAUAAAUACAAAAGAAGUUAAAAAACCUAUUGUGUCAAACAAUGAAAAUUGUCAGUAUAUCAAUUUAGAUGACGAUGAUGAUGAUGAUGAUAAACCUUUAGUAAUAAAAAAACCCAAACCCAAAAUAGGUCCCGCUAGUAGAGUUAAGCGAAACGACACUACCACAACUGAAGAUAGUCCACAUCCUGUAUCUAAUAAUCAAACCGAAAUUCCGGUUAAAACAAAUUUAAGUUCUACCGCACAAGAUCCUAUAGUUCAAUUUCCCGCUGUACCCAGUCUUAAUACACGAUAUAAACUUCUACCUGGUCCAAACAACACCUUUACACUAGUCGAAGAAAAACCUCAAGAUAAACCUGCAAGUUCUCUAAAUUUCGUCGAAACAGUUGCGUCAGUUAAUGAUAAAGCGAAUAAUCGUCAAAAUAUUAGUUCAAGAAAAUGUAAAGCGGCGGGCAAAGCUUCAGUUACUGAUAAUACUACAGAUUUAUCGUCAAACCAGCCGUAUCCAGUGGGUAUGUUUACAACGUUACCAACUAACACAUGUUCUGACGUUCAAAUAGAGCCUGAGCCUACUUUAACCACACCAGCAAUGAAGAAACAGUCAUAUACUGUUGUACAAACUGGAAACCCAAGUAAAUUACUUAUAUCGUCAAAACCACAAACUGCAGUACAAGAAGUACCUAAGAAAAAACAAAGGAAAACAAAACAUGAAGAAAAAGCUGAUUUAUCUGAUAAGCAGCCAUUCUCAGUAACGUUAGAAGACACCGCGCCACCGAGGGAUCCAGGCUUUUUUACUUUCAUCAAUGUCGAUCCAUUGUUACAGCCGUCAUAUGUGUUGCCGACAAAUAACAUAAUCCAAGAAUCGCAAAUCUCAACGUCUACAAGUAUUUCGAAUCAGAGUGAAAAGGAUAAGGAGCAAAGUAAAUACACUUGUAAUAUGUGCGGUGAAUUUUUCAGUAGAGAGAAGAAGUUACUGACCCACAUACAAUCUCAUUACAGUAAGAUGGAUGAAGAAGAUCAAAUGAGAUCGGAAAGAGUACCGAGAAAACGAAAGAAAUAAAGUGUGUUUAUAAAUUAGAAUAGUUUGAUGGUACUUUCUUUAAGAAUACAUUAAUUUUAACUUAAGCUUGUAUUGAGGUAAUAUAAUACUGUAACCGUAACAGCCUGUGAAUGUCCCACUGCUGGGUUAAGGCCUUCCGUCCCUUUUUGAGGAGAAGGUUUUGAAACUUAUUCUACCACGCUGCUCCAAUGCGGGUUGGUCGAAUACACAUGUGGCUGAAUUUCAAUGAAAUUUGACACAUGCAGGUUUCCUCACGAUGAUUUCCUUUACCGUCAAGCACGAGAUGAAUUAUAAUCACAAAUUAAGCACAUGAAAAUUCAGUGGUGCUUGCCCGGGCUUAAACCCACGAUCAUCGGUUAAGAUUCACAUGUUCUUACCACUGGGCCAUCUCGGCUCGGCUAUAAUAUGAUACAGGUUAAGCAAAACUUAUAAAAGUUUUUAUAAUUCGGAAACUAAAAUAAUUAUCAUUCCAAUAAACCUACAGUCAUUUGUAACAAAAGGAAACUGUCAAACGACAUUUUCAUUAUGAUUAUAUAUAGAUGUCAUAUAUAUCUAAUAUAUGGACGUGCCACAAAUUUAAAUUAGUUUUGUAAAAUAUAGUAAUUGAGAAGUUUACGUCGUAUAAAAAAUAAAGACGAACGCGUAGCGUGAGUUCUUUCAGAAUUUGAUGGUUAUUCCCCGCAAGAUAAUUGACAGCGCCAAGGCUAUUUUACCCUUUGUUUAAUUCAAAUUGAUAGGUUAUGCAAUAUAACCUUUAAUGAAAAAUCUUAUAUGAAACUGAAAAGUAGUUUCAGUUUCAUAUAACUUAUUUUUACUGGUCAUCAUUUGAUCGAAAAAAAAUGUGGAAAAUCUUGUAGUAUGUUGAGAAAUUUGUUUAUUCGCACAAAGAGAAAAGCCCUGUAUCCACUAAUGGGACAAUUGUGGCCGUUACUUUCUUACUUUUGUGGAAUACAAGAAUUUAGCGUAUGUUCUAAAUGUAUUGUUAAUGGUAAAUAUCGCUAACAAUAAAUCGACUACACAUUUUAGACAUUUUUUAUUGAGGGUGAGCUAUUUUAAUGCUAACAAUUAAUAUCUGAAGCGAAAGCUGAAAAUUUGAAACAGUUUUUUAAUGUUUUAAAAUAUUUAAAAUAUGCAAAUAAAUUCUAAACAAAAGAAAUGUUAAUUUAUUAUUUUAUCUUUUAAUUUUGUACCUCUUCGUUAUAUUAGAUGAGAUUAAUUAAAACGUGUAACAUGUUUAUUGUAAUCAUAAUGAAACAAAAAACCGCAAUGCGUUAAUAUUACGUCACAGAUAAAUAAUAAUAAACCAUACGUGCAAAUUAUUUUGCCAUUGUAUCUUAAUGUUAUGUCGUCGUUUUAUUUUAUGGAAAUAUGUUCUGUUAUGUUGAUUUAAAAGCUUUAAUUAAUAUUUUUUUAUAUUUUCAAAAACGAAUCUAAGUAGGAAGUAUUGCUUAAAUUUU